AUGAACGCAGACCAGCUCUCCGAUUUUUUUCUGGAAGUCGCCGCGUCGGCUGCAGCUAUUCCGAAUAAAUUGGCCGAUAAGCGAGAGGAAAAUCAUUUGAAAAAGAAAUUCCUGAACAAAGUCGCCCCAAACUCUUUAUUUGCUGCCAACUACAUUGCCUCGAAUUAUACUGAUGUAGACCUGAUACAGUCCAUUAUUGGACAAAUAUUAGCGAUUUAUUAUAAAGAAGGAGUCCUCCGAUUGUAUGCACUUCAAUUUGUACCCGGAUUCGUUUCUCUCUAUUUACUGGCUCUUUCCAAAAAACAGCACAAAAGUAUUUCGCUGUUCGAAACGUUUCUCAUUGCGAUCUAUAAUGAGGAAAUUGUGGAAAAUGCAGAUAACAGUGAGAAAAAGAUGGAAGACAUCCGAAUCCCUUCUAUUCGCCAUCACAGUGUAUAUCACGAUCCGGCGAAAAUACAGGUGCAAACCGAUGUCCCCAUCGCCAGGAAUGCCAAUAUUACUCCAGUUCUGAAUACACUCCGCUUCGGUCCAUUUCCGUCAGUGUCGAAGAUGAAUGGGGAAAAUAAGUUUAUGGUUAUCAAUAGAAUAUUAUUCUCCGUCAAUGAAUCAUUAUUCGAGGUGGCAUCUGAAGUUGCAGCGAGAUAUGUCUUUUGUCGCUCCGGAUUCACAUUUCCCGAAACAGCAUUCCGAAGUCGUGUGCUCGAAACUGAAUCUCAUGAAGUGAUCGAAGAUUUCUCCCGAAAACCACGACAACAAGUGACCGGAGAAUUCUUGAAUCAUCUACUACGCGGAUGCUAUCUGGCACUUUUCAAUGGAGCCGCCGAUUUAGCGUUGCGCGCGGUUGAUGCGAUUCAUUUGAGGGCGCAAUACGAAAUGUUGCCUGAUACGCUGCUGGUUGUCAAUUCUCUUCGAAACUCACUUCUGGACAACAUGUGGAGUAAAGAGAAACGAGGGGAACUUAUGUGGACACGACCACAGCAUAAGGAAAACGUAAAACAUCGUGGAAUGGUGACAAAUGCGUCACUGAAAAUGAAACGAAUGCCAGAAGAUAUUCCGGUUCAAGAGAAUCAAAAAGAGUCAUCGACAUCGCGAUUCAAUAACAUGAUUGAUGAGGGAAUCGAUCAUUUGCAUGAUUUAAAGAAGAAAGUUGUCAAUAUCAAAGGAGGUUUACACCAUAAAAUGCACAGACGGCGGAAGAGUGUGGAGCCGGAGGAGACGGAGUUACAGACUAUUAAGGAAGAAAAACCUGUUGAAUCAUCGGUUUCUGUGGAGAGUGACGCUUCAUCGCCAUCGACGGUUAUUCACAAACCGAUUGUGUUGAACGGAGAAGAUGUUGAGAGGAGGUUACGGGAUAUGGCAGUGGUCGAGUUGGAUUAUGAGAAGGAGUUAGAAAAGAAGAGCAAAGCCAACGGUGAUCACCCUCCCGCCACAACGUCUCCAGAACCAAAAGGAGCAUUCACAAUGGCGGGUCUACGACAUAUGGAUAGUGACGAAUUCGCGUCGACUCGGUAG